AUGACAUUUAUGAAACCAACAGUCAAAUCACCCAUUUCACUACCAUCGACUCCAAGUCGAGCCUACACCACUUCAGCGUCGCCCCUCAAACCAGACUACUUUUCGCUAAGACCAAAGCUUUCCUUGGACAUUAGCAGGACCGGAAGCGACUACUAUGGAUCGGAAGAAAGCGAAUUGGAAGAUGUAGAAAGCCAUCACCGCCACCACCAUCAUCAUCACCAUGGCAAUGACAGCGACAACGAAGACUUGUCGGGGAUACUGGAUACGUUUGACAAUGUCAGUAUCGUCGUAGCACCCCGGCGAGGCGAAGAAGAGUAUUACACACCCAUGACCCCAUUUGAAAUACCGGAAUCCAAUUUGAAACCAGCAACCAUUGCGUCUCCAAAACUGUUGAGCGCGUCCUCGUCGCCUAUUGGCUCGCCUUUUACCAAUGUUUCCAGCACACCCGCAUCGUUCCAGCUCCAAAUGCCCAAUUUGAACCAGUACAAAUUCCUCAUUGUCGACGACAACAUCAUCAAUUUGAAAAUCUUGAACCGGAUCUUGCUCAAGAUCUACCCUCGGGCUCAGAUUACCCAAGUUGUCGACUCGAGCAAAGUUGAGAAACUCGUGUUGGAAAACACGUUUGAUUGCAUCUUUCUCGAUAUCGAGAUGCCCGUGGUUAAUGGUGUGGAAAUCGCCCAGUUUGUACGAAGCGAUUUGACUCGCGAUGACAUUGCCUUGAUUGCUGUUACUACAAGAACGCUGAGUUCGGACGUGGAGUGUUUUGCAAGUAAUGGCAUCGACCAUACCCUUGGCAAGCCGCUUAAUUAUAAGUUGGACUACCUUGGCACUCUCAUUGGCUCAGUGAUGAGCUCUAGAAAGAUUAAGAAAUCUGUCGGGGCUGGCGCUGGGGCAAGUACCAGUGCCAGUGCCAGUGCCAGGUCCACUACCCCCACUAAUACCACUAACACAUCAACUUCCACUACCAAUGACGACUCUUCAAGUGGACUCAGUUCGUCAGCUACUUUACUUUCAGUUUAA